GCUUUAGAGCUUCGUUGUAUCUACACUAGUCUCGCUCGAGGAGAGGAGGAAAGCAAAAACGAACACAUGAAAAACCUAAACUGGACUGACUACUGGGCUAUACAUCUUCUCGAAAUAAACAUUGUAUGGAGAUGGAUUAACUCAUCCAUUGUGAUCAUGGGAACCAAAUUUGACCUGAAGAGACUGGAAUAUCGCUGGGUGUUUCUUAGUGUCGCUGUCUUGCUCUUGUGUGAAAAAGCAAACGCACAAGUCCGCUAUUCCAUCCAAGAGGAGCUACAGAUCGGGAGCAUGGUCGGGAAUAUAGCUAAAGACCUUGGCUUUGAUAAAACCGGGCUGGUGAAUCGGAACCUACGCAUUGUUACAGGAACAAAGCAAGAUCUUUUCCAGGUAAACCAGAGAGACGGAUCUUUGUUUGUGAACCAAAGAGUGGAUAGAGAGGAGCUCUGCGGUAAAAUGUAUCCUUGUUUUAUAAAUCUGAGAGCUGUAGUCGAAGACCCACUAGAAAUACAUCAUAUUACCGUAGAGAUUUUGGAUGUGAACGACCACUCACCCAGUUUUCCAGAUAAGGAAUAUCGAUUAGAAAUUCCAGAAUUAACAAUGCCGGGUGCACGAUUUCAGGUUGAAGGGGCACUAGACCAAGAUAUAGGCCUCAAUGCUUUGCGUUCCUAUAAAAUGAGCCCAAAUGACUAUUUUUUCUUAGAAAUAGAGGACUUGCCUAAUAAUAAAAUUCCCUUUAUAGUACUGAAAAAGGCCCUGGAUAGGGAACUUAUUUCACAGUACAACAUGAAACUAACAGCAAUGGACGGUGGCAGCCCGAAUAAGACUGGUUCCCUGAAUAUUACAGUUAUUGUCUUGGACGCUAACGAUAACGCGCCCCAGUGUGAACAUCAAAAAUACACAGUCACAGUACCAGAAAAUGUUGCACUGGGUACAGUUUUAAUAAAAAUUAAUGCAUCGGAUGCAGACGAAGGAGUUAACGGUGAAAUUGAAUACUCAUUCCGUAGUACAAUCAGGAGUAAAGCAUCGGAAUAUUUCAGUUUAGACGAAAAAACAGGUGAUAUUGCAGUCAAAGACCAGAUUGAUUUCGAAGAAAAGCAUGUUUAUGAGCUAAAUGUCCAAGUAUCUGAUAAAGGAACCUUACCAAUGACUGCCUUUUGUAAUGUUUAUGUGAAAGUGGAGGAUGUAAACGACAACAAGCCCGAGAUAGACAUCACCUCUUUGUCCAGCCAGAUUCCCGAGAAUGCACCUCUCGGUACGGUUGUGGCGCUUGUGAGAGUAACAGAUCUGGACUCAGGUGUGAAUGGGCAGAUUGUUUGUACAAUACCGAAAGAACUGCCGUUUGAUUUAAAACCUUCUUCCGAGAGCAGAUUCUACUCGUUAGUGACGAAAAGCCAAUUAGACAGAGAGUCGGUACCGCAGUAUGAUAUUACUAUUACAGCGAGAGAUCUGGGAACUCCCGCAUUAUCCUCCUUUAAAACAGUUACGGUUGAAUUAUCAGACAUUAAUGACAACAGCCCAGUCUUCUCAGAGAGUCCAUACGCUUUGUACUUGCUGGAGAAUAAUGAUAUUGGUGCGUCUAUAUUUACCAUUAGCGCUCAUGACGCAGAUGAAAAUGAAAAUGCCGUGAUAACCUAUUCUCUUGGGAAUGUCUUUCACAGCCGAAGUGUAGCAUCCUUCUUAAAUAUUAAUCCCGAUAAUGGUAACAUUUACGCGCUGAAAAGUUUUGAUUUCGAAAUACUAAAAACUUUCCAAUUUCAAGUGCUUGCCAAAGACUCUGGGACCCCGUCACUAAGCAGCAACGUCACAGUGAACGUGUUCAUUCUGGACCAGAACGACAACGCUCCAGUCAUCUUGUCCCCGGUCAACACUAACGGGUCGACAGAAUUUGUGGAGGAGAUUCCGCGCAAUGUGAUCGCAGGACAUUUGGUGACUAAAGUAAGAGCUUAUGACCCUGAUAUAGGAUACAAUGGCUGGUUAUCAUUCUCUUUGCUGCAAGUUACUGACCCCACUCUGUUUGGUUUGGAGCGCUACACAGGACAGAUCAGGACACUUCGGCCAUUCAUGGAAUCAGACAAAGCUGAUCAUAAACUAAUUGUUCUGGUUAAAGACAAUGGGAAUGUUUCACUUUCAGCCACAGCAACUGUGAUUGUCAAAGUAGUGGAGACGAAAGAAGCCUUCGCAGCGUCAGAUUUUGAAAAAGUAGUACAAAAGGAGAACGAGAACAACGUCACUUUUUAUUUGAUGAUCUCUCUUGGGACCGUAUCAGCACUUUUUGUCAUCAGUAUUAUUGGCUUGAUAGCCAUGCAGUGUUCUAAACCUCAAGAUGAAUCUCCAAAGUACACACGGGAUUCCAAUUACGUGGAUACGAGCGGGAACGGAACGCUUUGCCACAGCAUCCAGUACAGGUCCGGAGAGAAACGGUACAUGUUAGUUGGGCCCAGAAUGAGUAUCGGUUCUACGUUUGAUCCAAACAGCAACGCGAACACUCUGGUGGUCCGAGAUCAUAGGAGUCUAAUUUCCGGAGAGGUAAGAAGCGAAUUAUGA